AAAAGAUUGAUAAAGCCAGAUGGAUAUUGGACUGGGUCAUUAACAAAGGUGAAAUAGCCAGUGAGGAAUUACUCCAGAUUCUGGACGUGACUAAGAAGAGGACAUUAGAUCCUGGUUUACACUACUGGAUCAGCUGUUUUUCCUUCAGAGGUGAAGAUACAGAGGCCAGUUAUUCAUUUGGUACAAAGCCCUGUCAAAUCUACCAGACACGGCUCAAGGUGACAGCAAAAAGUAUCCUGAAGAACCAAAGGAAGUGUUUCUGUAAAUAUCUGGAUAACAAGGUACAAGGAAACUUAAGUUUUAUACCUCUUGUUUUAAAGACUGACUCUGUCAUGAAAACGCAAUGCAAGAUAAAAUUGAAAACCAAAAAAGCAAAAAGCUACGGCCCAAGAAGCUGAGAGCUUACUUUCCUAAUGAGGGACAAACACUGUCACCUGAGAGUCUCCUGAAAUGCAGGGACAAGAACAUCCUCAUCAUAGGCAAACCUGGAGUGGGAAAGACUACAGUUGUUCAGGAAAUGUUGCGUCUUUGGGCAGAGAAGGAUGACAGAGAGAUCGACUACAUGUUUUACUUUGAUGAAAGUGUUUUGGCCCAAAAUAGUGUUGCCAGUUUGGAAUCUCUUUUGUUUGAUGUGUAUUCAAAACCAAUGGAAAAAGACAGAAAAGAAGUGUUUCAAGAUAUUGAGGAAAACUCUGAGAAUGUUGUCAUUGUGUUUGAUGGUGUGAUGGAUUUGGAAGAAAAUUCCAUCUUAUGGAAGAUCAUGAACCACGAGCUCCUGCCUGAUGCCAAGAUUGUGAUCACAUGCAGAUCAGAGGUGGAAGAUGAUCCACUUUUCUCUGACUGGCCGACACGGACAGUGUACGUCCAAGGAUUCAGUGAAGAGUCUAUUAAAACUUACUAUCAGAGUAUGUUGGGUCAUGAUCCUGUUCAUCUAGAAGUUAUUUUGAAGAAUCAAGAGCUGUUCAGUCUUAGUCAUGUUCCAUUGUAUGCAUUCAUGAUUGUAAACGUGAUUAAGUUUAAAAAUGGCACUGUAUACAACCAUCCACACACAGUCACUGAAAUGUACAUCCAAAUUUUCCGUCUGGCUGCGAAGAAACAUGGGAAUAAACAAAAUAAGCAAAUAGAUGAGUACCUGAAAGAGAAGAAAGAUCAGAUUCAUCCCUUGAUGGAAAAUGCUUUCAAUGCAACUAUGAAAAAAUGCCUGAACCUUCCAGAUUUUAGCAGUGAUGAGACAGACAUUUGUCAUGCUUUUCUGAAAAUGAUCACAACAGACUCACCAACAUCUGCAACGACAUACUGUGCAUUUCUCCACAACACAAUGCAGGAAUUCUUCUCGGCUUUGUGGCUUCUUGGACAUCCAGAUGAAAUUGUGAAAGUCCUCCAGCUCUGUCAGACUGAGGAGCAUAAACACAUGAGACAUGUUCUUCCUUUCUUAUGUGGACUUCUGAGUGAACACAACAUCAGGCUCCUCAAGUGUCUCUUCCCAGUGGAUCAGAUAAAGAAAACAUCCGAUUGGUUGAUUGAGAAGUUUUUGGACACGUUUCUUCAACCUCAGAGUGAGAGUGAGGAGUUUGAUCUUCUCUAUGUGUGUCAGUGCUUGUAUGAGCUCCAGUCUCCUAAAGCCUGUUUAAUGUUCCUGGAGAAGAUGGACCAUCGGCUUGAACCAGAAGUGGAUCUUGAUCCUCAUCAGUGUUGUGCUUUGUCUUAUGUGAUCAGUCAAUCCAGAGAUAAAGAGGUUUAUGUGAAUCUGGAGGACUGUAACGUGACUGAUGUAGGAAUGGACAUGAUGCUCAGCUGCUCACCAAACAUCAGGUUAAAGACUUGUAAAGAUCCACUGAAGCAAAUCACAUUCUUUGUAGAAUUCUUCCAUAAAUCAUUUCAGUGUGACUGCAAACUUUUUGAGGUGAGAGAACGAAACAACUCAGAAAAAAUAAUCAAUGAUCUGCUGGAUCUUUGCUCACAUGUGAAGAACUAUGAGACUCAAACAGGCAGGAGUUUCCUUCCAGCAUUACAGUCAGUUUUCCAGUCACCUGAUGUCUGGAUCAUAGAUCUCUCACAGAGAAAGAGCUCCGUCCUCCUGGAAGUGCUGAAACUACAAACACAGAAGAAACCAGUGAAGCUGAGAGGAUGUUCAGAGGAAGAGAGUGAAGUGAAGAGUUUCCUUCAGUGUCUGCCCUACAUCUCACAGCUGAGGUUUGGGGACAUUGGUGUGAAACGAUGGAGAAGUAUGAGGAUGUAUGGAUCUACUUAUAAUGAAGAAACAAGGAUGUCUGCAGUAAGAUUCCUGCUGAAUCUCUGUGUUGCUGCAGUAGAAAUGGACAGAGAUGCAGGAACAAGAUUCUCGACUCUGCUGUCAUCCGUGUGCAGCUACAAAACCUUCCCUUUUGAUUAUUAUGGUCAUGGUCAGAGUGAUUUCCUGCUGGAUCUUUGCUCACAUGUGAAGAACUAUGAGACUCAAACAGGCAGGAGUUUCCUUCCAGCAUUACAGUCAGUUUUUCAGUCACCUGAUGUCUGGAUCAUAGAUCUCACACAGAGAAAGAGCUCCGUCCUCCUGGAAGUGCUGAAACUACAAACACAGAAGAAACCAGUAGAUCUGAGAGGAUGUUCAGAGAGUGAAGUGAAGAGUUUCCUUCAGUGUCUGCCCUACAUCUCACAGCUGAGAUUCUCUAAUCUGAGUGACAGUGAUGUAAGCAAAUUUCUUCUGCAACUCUUCAUUAAAGCAGCAGAGAUUGAGACACAGACAGGAGAACAGAUGCUGAAACUGUUAUCAUCAGUCUGGACCAGCUCUUCUGAUUAUAGAUGGACUGACAUAUUUUAUCAGAGUGAUUUCCUGCUGGAUCUUUGCUCACAUGUGAAGAACUAUGAGACUCAAACAGGCAGGAGUUUCCUUCCAGCAUUACAGUCAGUUUUCCAGUCACCUGAUGUCUGGAUCAUAGAUCUCUCACAGAGAAAGAGCUCCGUCCUCCUGGAAGUGCUGAAACUACAAACACAGAAGAAACCAGUAGAUCUGAGAGGAUGUUCAGAGGAAGAGAGUGAAGUGAAGAGUUUCCUUCAGUGUCUGCCCUACAUCUCACAGCUGAGAUUCUUUUAUCUGAGUGACAGUGAUCUAAGCAAGUUUCUUCUGCAGCUCUUCAUUAAAGCAGCAGAGAUUGAGACACAGACAGGAGAACAGAUGCUGAAACUGUUAUCAUCAGUCUGCACCAACUCUACUGAUUAUAGAUGGACUGACAUAUUUUAUGAGAGUGAUUUCCUGCUGGAUCUUUGCUCACAUGUGAAGAACUAUGAGACUCAAACAGGCAGGAGUUUCCUUCCAGCAUUACAGUCAGUUUUCCAGUCACCUGAUGUCUGGAUCAUAGAUCUCUCACAGAGAAAGAGCUCCGUCCUCCUGGAAGUGCUGAAACUACAAACACAGAAGAAACCAGUAGAUCUGAGAGGAUGUUCAGAGGAAGAGAGUGAAGUGAAGAGUUUCCUUCAGUGUCUGCCCUACAUCUCACAGCUGAGGUUCUGGGACAUUUAUAAUGAAGAAACAAGGGUGUCUGCAGUAAGAUUCCUGCUGAAUCUCUGUGUUGCUGCAGUAGAAAUGGACAAAUAUGCAGGAACAAGAUUCUCGACUCUGCUGUCAUCUGUAUGCAGCUACAAAACCUUCCCUUUUGAUGAAGAGUUUGGUGAUUAUGAUGCUGAUGAUCAGAGAGAUUUCCUGCUGGAUCUUUGCUCACAUGUGAAGAACUAUGAGACUCAAACAGGCAGGAGUUUCCUUCCAGCAUUACAGUCAGUUUUCCAGUCACCUGAUGUCUGGAUCAUAGAUCUCUCACAGAGAAAGAGCUCCGUCCUCCUGGAAGUGCUGAAACUACAAACACAGAAGAAACCAGUAGAUCUGAGAGGAUGUUCAGAGGAAGAGAGUGAAGUGAAGAGUUUCCUUCAGUGUCUGCCCUACAUCUCACAGCUGAGGUUUGGGGCCAUUUAUAAUAAAGAAACAAGGAUGUCUGCAGUAAGAUUCCUGCUGAAUCUCUGUGUUGCUGCAGUAGAAACUGAAAGAUAUGCAGGAACAAGAUUCUCGACUCUGUCAUCUGUGUGCAGCUACAAAAACUUCCCUUUUGAUUAUUAUGGUCAUGGUCAGAGUGAUUUCCUGCUGGAUCUUUACUCACAUGUGAAGAACUAUGAGACUCAAACAGGCAGGAGUUUCCUUCCAGCAUUACAGUCAGUUUUCCAGUCACCUGAUGUCUGGAUCAUAGAUCUCUCACAGAGAAAGAGCUCCGUCCUCCUGGAAGUGCUGAAACUACAAACACAGAAGAAACCAGUAGAGCUGAGUGGAUGUUCAGAGAAAGAGAGUAAAGUGAAGAGUUUCCUUCAGUGCCUGCCCUACAUCUCACAGCUGAGGUUUUGGGACAUUUAUAAUGAAGAAACAAGGGUGUCUGCAGUAAGAUUCCUGCUGAAUCUCUGUGUUGCUGCAGUAGAAACUGAAAGAUAUGCAGGAACAAGAUUCUCGACUCUGUCAUCUGUGUGCAGCUACAAAAGCUUCCCUUUUGAUUAUUAUGGUCAUGGUCAGAGUGAUUUCCUGCUGGAUCUUUACUCACAUGUGAAGAACUAUGAGACUCAAACAGGCAGGAGUUUCCUUCCAGCAUUACAGUCAGUUUUCCAGUCACCUGAUGAAUGGAUCAUAGAUCUCUCACAGAGAAAGAGCUCCGUCCUCCUGGAAGUGCUGAAACUACAAACACAGAAGAAACCAGUAGAUCUGAGAGGAUGUUCAGAGGAAGAGAGUGAAGUGAAGAGUUUCCUUCAGUGUCUGCCCUACAUCUCACAGCUGAGGUUUUGGGACAUUUAUAAUGAAGAAACAAGGAUGUCUGCAGUAAGAUUCCUGCUGAAUCUCUGUGUUGCUGCAGUAGAAACUGAAAGAUAUGCAGGAACAAGAUUCUCGACUCUGUCAUCUGUGUGCAGCUACAAAAACUUACCUUUUGAUUAUUAUGGUCAUGAUCAGAGUGAUUUCCUGCUGGAUCUUUACUCACAUGUGAAGAACUAUGAGACUCAAACAGGCAGGAGUUUCCUUCCAGCAUUACAGUCAGUUUUCCAGUCAUCUGAUGUCUGGAUCAUAGAUCUCUCACAGAGAAAGAGCUCCGUCCUCCUGGAAGUGCUGAAACUACAAACACAGAAGAAACCAGUAGAUCUGAGAGGAUGUUCAGAGGAAGAGAGUGAAGUGAAGAGUUUCCUUCAGUGUCUGCCCUACAUCUCACAGCUGAGACUGUCCAAAAAGACUCUCCAGAAGAUGGUUCAGUGUGUCUAUGAAGCUCAGGAAGAAGAACAGACUCAAUGCUUCCUGCAAAAAGUGGGUGGGGAACUGAUGUCCUGUUCCUUAAACUGGGAAGAGCUUCAUUAUUUCCUGCAGCACAGAAUUCAACAAAUCACUGUGGAUCUCAGAAAAAGCAACAUUCAAUGCAGAAUCAGUGAAAUCCUGCCUUUCUUGGACAGGAUUCGGUUUAAACGGAUGAGCUCUGUCUUCAUGCUGUGUGUAAUCAGAGAGAUCUAUGAGUCCGGCUCUGCUGGUUUUGUGUCCAGUCUGUUGAGUUCAGUGGAGAACUACAUUAAUCUGCAGUGCAGAGAUCUGGACUCUGUUCACUGUGACGCCCUGCGCUUCACACUGCAGCACUGCACUGCAGCUUCACUCAACCUACAGUGGACCUCCAUACCAGAGGAAGAGCUGGAGAGCAUUCUGCCUCUCUUCACACACGUGUCCCACCUCAGUGUUGACAGGCGGCUGUUGCUGAAGAUGCUUCACUGCUGCAGUGUCUCUGAUGUCCAGCAGGAGGCAGCAUCAGUUCUGCUCUCCGUCCUGCAGCACAAGCUGGACUUCUCCUGCCGUUCUGCUCUGGAUCUGACAACAAACACAGACUCAGAGCCUCUUCAUCUGACCGCUGACGACUGCCGUGCAACGUCCAGAGUCAUUCAGAGAGCUCAUUCAGACACAAAGACACAGCUGAUUCUGCAGGACUGUGAGAUUCACACAGCUGGAAUGGAUGAGCUGUUCCCAGUGUUACAUUCUGUUCAACUCUGGUGAGAAACAUCAACAGAUCACAGUCACACACAGAUCCAAUAUAAAAGCAUUCAGUAU